CUCCCCCCUCUUCCCCCCGCGUUACAAGAAAGUGACGAUCCGCCCCCCUUCCCGGCCCCGAACGCUGUGUCUCACUCUUCUCAAUAUAAAUGAUGGACCCCAACCGCGAGGAAGUCCAGCAAACCCUCUCGCUCAUUGGGGAGCUGGACCUACCACAUCCGUCUGGGUCCUUGCUCUCGUUCUUCGUCACCGAGGCUCUCCACCCCGUGCUGGCCGCGGACUAUGUGAACGACAGACUGUCGGCGGGCGAAGCUCGCUCUCUGGUGGCUGAUUGGAUCUACAUUGUUGAAUCCGUAACCAAAGAUGGUCGCCUCCGGCCACCACCUGACGCCAAAACGCAGCAGGAGGUUAGGAGACGGGAUGGGAACAGGUGUUGCAUCUCGGGCAAGGCCGGUACUUUUUGGGAUCCUUUACUCGUUAUGCCUGUUCUUCCCAUCCCGUAUGGCUGGGAUGCAGACAAGCCUCGUAUCUUUGAUAUGCUCGGGGCGUUCUUUACUCCGCCGUAUCGGGACUGGUGGCUCGCACAGGUUGAGGAUCCCGAACGACUGCCGCAUUGCGUCGGUCACUGGCUAGUUCGAAAGUCUGCUGCCCAAGCGUUUGCACGGGGUAUUGUUGUGUUGAACCGACGGCUACCAUCCAUGAUUGAGUACGAAGUUGUGCCAAUUGUCAUCGGACCUGAGGAGCCAUUUGAGGUUGAGGGCCCCUACGCGCUCCUGGGUGACCACUCGCGCUCGGGCAUCUUGCCAGUAGAUCCGCACUUUAUUGGCACCCAAGCUCGACUGGCAAGGAGCAUUCGAUAUGUCGAACUUGCUAGAAGCAUUGCGCCUCAGAUCUUUCUCUCUCACCGGCCCGCCUCUCCUACCAGGAGCGCCAGCGAGCUUUCGAAGCGACCUUUCCUAGAAAGGGCCCCGUCGUCACCAACCCGAUGUCUCAACUCCUUAGUCCACUUUUCGGUUCGAGCUUUCUUCACAUGCUGGCGGGUCCUACCCAGACGAACCCGGGCUACUGCCUACAACAUGUUACGAAAGCUCGGGGAUUUGAUCUACGGCGCCGAGGACCCCACAUUCUACGUCCGGCGACUGCCUUUCGGGCUCUACCUCAAGUACCGGGGCGAAGCCGACAUGGCGCGCAACGAAUUCAACGCACUACAGCGAAUCCAUCGCGAAACCACCAUCCCCGCCCCAACCCCGCUGGACAUCAUCCCCUCCGGGGCCGACAGCUCCUACCUGCUCAUGACGCGGGUACCCGGCGCGCCGCUCUGGCGGUGCGAAUCACUCUUCUCGGACCGCGACUGCGCCGAAAUCGUGAUCCAGCUGCAAGACUACGUGGCCCAGCUGCGCGGCCUGCCCAAGAAGACGACGGCCAACCCGGCGGACAUGGCCGCCAUCUGCAACACGCUGGGCGAGGCGUGCCGGGACCACCGCAUCCGCGACGCCGCGCCCGUCGGGCCGUUCCCGGACGAGGCGGCCUUCAGCCAGUGCGUGCGCUUCUCGGACGAGCCGAGCCGCCGCGGGCAUGCGGUAGUGUUUACGCAUGCGGAUCUGAAUCCGAGGAAUAUUCUGGUGGGGAGGUUUAGGCGGUGGGAUGGGAGCACGGGGUGGCGGGUGACGGGUGUGGUGGACUGGGAGACGGCGGGGUACUAUCUGGAGUAUUGGGACUAUACUAAGGCGCUGUUUGAGGGGUUUCGGUGGACGCUGAGGUAUGUGAGGAUGGUGUAUAGGGUGUUUGUGGAGUUUGGAGACUAUUCGAGGGAGUUGGAUGUUGAGAGGAGGAGCUGGGAGUCGGGGAAUGGUGUGUAGAGAGUUGUAUAGUUACGUAGGUAGUAAGGUCAUUGCGUUUGCUGAG